AUGGUUUUUGUUAGGCUUGCUCCUGUGGCUCUCUUCUUCCUUACCACUUCCUUAUUCUCGAUGAAGAACACAGAAGCAUCAGGUGCUUUUUGUGCGAGUAACUUUUGUUCGCUGUCUCCAGAUUGUGGCAUUGGUUGUUACUGCCACUAUGGUGGAUGCUAUAAUAGAGAACUUGCUUCUGCUGCGAAGAUGAUGGAAGAAAAUUCAGACCUAUGUGAAUCUCAUGAAGAGUGCAAGAAGAGAGGAAGUGGAGACUUCUGUGCUCGUUCUCCUAAUCCUCUAAUACAGCAUGGCUGGUGUUUUCACUCUCAUUCUGAAGCACUGAAACAAUUCUUCGCAAUUACCACGCAAUAUUUGUAUGCCAAGUGA